AUGACUCGAGCUAAAUAUGUUGAUUGGAUAGAACAACAAUGGGGUGUCAGAAUUGAUAAAACUAUUACUGUUCUAGAGGUUGAGCUUGCGCUAAAGGAGUUCAUGUUAAAUUAUCAAUAUAGGACAAUUUUAAGCGAUGCCAUCUUGAUUCAAAAAGUGAAGUUACUUGCUGCUGAGUUAGGAGUUCCUGAAAGAACAUUACAAUUUUCUUCCAGCUGGCUGCAAAAGUUUAAAGAGUGUAAUGAACUGGACCGAACCUUGGCAACCCAUCGUAUUGCUGGGCGUAAAGUAGAUAGAGAACAUAUUUCAGUUGCACUAUGUGCAAAUGCAGAUGGCUUACAUAAACUAAAUCUGUUAAUAAUUGGAAAAUAUCAAAAGCCAAGAUGUUUCAAAAACAUAAAUAUCAAAAACAUGCCAUUUAUGUAUCGGAAUAAUACCAAAGCCUGGAUGAUCACAACGUUUUUUCAAGACUGGCUUAAAGAAUUUGAUUGCCAAGUCGGUUUGAAACAUGAUAGUCAACAUGCACUUCUGCUUUUAGACAAGUGCUCCAAUGCUGGAAUAAUUAUAAGUUUUAAAAGGCACUAUCGUUAUCAUUAUAUUCUCUGGAUGUUACAGCAAAUAGAAGCAGGUAAUCAUGCAGAAGAUUUAAAAAUGGACGUCUUACAAGCUAUUCGAUGUGCUAAAACUAUUUUUAUUGAUUCUGAAAUUGAUGAACUUGCUGUACUUAUUGAAAACCUUUAUUUUUCGGACCCUAUGCAGGUUGAAGAGUUUUUAUCUAUCCCCGAAGAAAACUUUGUUUAUGAAGUUCCUGAUGAUGAUUAUAUUAUUUCAGAGAUUGUUAAAAUUUUUUUAAAAAAUAAAGAAGAUUUAGAUGAAACUGAAGAAAUGGAUAAUAGUUCUGAGAUUCCUAUUGUUAGUGCCGAUUUAGCACUUGAAAGUUUGGAAACCGUUUAUAUGUACCUGCUACAACAAGAUAACACAAGUGAGCAGCUAAAGCUAGUUGAUAAAGUCAAAAAAGUGAUUAAAGAAAAAAAAGUGGGCGCAAUAAAACAAUCACAAAUAGAUCAGUAUUUUAAACAAAAUGAUAAAACUAGUAUUGACGAGGAUCAGCUUUCAUCUGACGUUUAUAACCCUGAAUAUUAUUGUUGA